AUGGCCGUACAUUGCGACGCCACCACGCCAUGCUACUCCGGCUAUAUCCUGCUACAGCUGUCAAUGCCUUACCGUUUCCAAGAACGGACUCUACUGCGCGCUACAAGUAAGCUCUGGCUCCGCGCCACUCCCACUCAUGAAGGGAACGGGCUAUACCUCCGCCACCUAAGAGCUCUUACUAGGACUAUAAAGAACCUCAACAGAUGCAUGAGCAAUACAAGCAAUCAGGAGAAGGGCUAUACGUACUUCAAGUACAUCGAAGGACAAAGGUUAUGGCCGCUAGUUCUUCCUCGAUGGUUCCUCUCCUCCGUCGGCGGCGGCGGAGGCGGCUUCCCUUCCGACUCGCCCGACGCCUCCGUCGCCAGCUCCUUUGAGUUUGAAUUCUCCGUCCGAUUCCCCUCCGCCGCCGCCUUCGCCAUCGGAUCCAUGACCUCCACCGAUGAGCUCUUCCUUAACGACCAGAUCCGCCCCAUGAAGCUAUACUCCCACCUCCAGCGGCCCCAGGUCCUCGAUCUCAACGAAGAAGAAGACGACGACGACGAAUCCGAGCGUCACCCGCCGGAAAUGGCCGCGAGGGGGCGGGAUCUGAAGCUCCGGAGCCGAUCGAUUCGUCGGAGGGCCAGAUCUCAUUCCCCGCUUCGGAACGCGCCACUCCAUUGGCAAAUGGAGGUCGAAGAACGAGAGGAUAGAGCGAAAGAUGUAGAGCCGGUUCCAGAUCCGAAGCAGAUCGAGGCGGAGUCGGCCACUCUAUUCGUCUCGGCUUCGUCCUCCCGGUCCUCCUCCACAUCCUCCUCCUCCUCCUCCUCCUCUGGAAGAACCUCCAAGAAGUGGAUCUUCCUCAAAGAUCUCCUCUAUAGAAGCAAGAGCGAGGGAAGAGAGAGAGGAAACACCAAAGAGAAGUUCUGGCACUCGAUUUCUUUCUCCCAAUCCAAAUCCAAGUCCAAACCUCCGCCGCCGAUUCCUCCUCCCUCCGCCUCGGCUGUCGCUGCUGCUGACUCCUCUUCUUCCACCAAUCCUCUGCCUAUCGCUGCGAUCUCGGGGGUGGAGAAGGCAAAAUCGAAGGAUCCAUCGCCACCGGUCAGCUGGCGCUGGCGCUGGCGGAGGAGGGCGGCGGAGAACUGGGUGGGGCGGCGGAGGGCGCUGGCGCCGUCUCCGCACGAGCGGCACUACACGGCGAACCAGGUGCAGACGGAGGAGAUGCGGCGGAAGACGUUCUUGCCUUACCGCCAGGGCCUGCUCGGUUGCCUGGGCUUCACUUUCCGCAGCUAUCACAACCAGAAAAUACGCGUGUUGAUUCCGAUACCAAAACCUACUGGUUUCACUGGUGCCGAUCCUUACAAGAUGUAA